GAAAAUAACAAACCAUAAUCGGUCUCUCACACAACCUCAACUGCGGAGAAUCAUCACGGGCAGCUUCUGUUUGUGAUUGAAUAACAAAAACAAUCUAAAAAAAAAUUAAGUAUUAUUUAAUUACUUAAAAUAAUAAUUUUUAAUUAAAAAAAAAAUAAUGUCGACGACUAUCAAGCUUUUAAGCAGUGACAAAGAAGUGUUUGAGGUGGACACCAAAGUGGCUAAAAUGUCCGCCACCAUCAAGACGAUGCUGGAGGAUCUCGGCCUGGACGAAGGCGACGACGAGAUGGUUCCUCUGCCGAGCAUUGAAGGUCCCAUCCUGAAGAAGAUCGUCGAGUGGGCCGAGCAUCACAAGAGCGACCCUCCUGCACCGGAAGACGAUGACAACAAGGAAAAGCGAUCGGAUGAUAUUCCCGAGUGGGACGUUGACUUCCUGAAAGUCGACCAGCAGACGCUCUUCGCCAUCAUCCGCGCCGCUAACUUCCUGGACAUCAAGGGGCUCAUGGAUGUC